UGGAAUUUCUAUGGCAACAGGGAAACACACGUCUCCCGGCAACCAGACCAGAGCGUCUCUGAAGUCGCCUAGCAACCUCUGGGAAAAAAACCCCAACGGUCGUCACGUUCUGAGAGCCAAAUAAGUAUUAAUUAGUUAGCAACGUUGCUCUUCUUUGUCGGUUUUUGGACUCUUUGGUCUUAUCCUUUUUGGAAGACAGUACCUGUGGACAUGUUGAGGACAAACACGGAGCUGAAAACACCGGGCUUCACCGUGAAGGCCACCAUGAAGAACGCGGUGGUGGAGGGCCCCCCGGCUGCAGGAGCUUUUCGGGAGCGCCCUUCCAAACCGACCACCUUUCGCAAGUUCUAUGAGCGUGGAGAGUUCCCGAUGGCACUGAUGCAUGACACCAAGGGCAACCGCAUUGCAUGGAAGGUGGAGAUCGAGAAGCUGGACUACCACCACUAUCUGCCUCUGUUCUUUGAUGGCUUAUGUGAGACCGUUCAUCCGUACGAGUUCUUUGCCCGCCAGGGAGUCCAUGACAUGCUGGAGCACGGAGGCCCCAAGAUUCAACCCGUCAUUCCCCAGCUCAUCAUGCCCAUCAAGAAUGCCCUGAACACCAGGAACCGUCAGGUGAUCUGCACCACUCUGAAAGUCCUGCAGCAUUUGGUGGUGUCCGGAGACAUGGUGGGAGAGGCUCUGGUGCCUUACUACAGACAGAUCCUCCCCAUUUUCAACAUCUUCAAGAACAUGAAGAUUAACUGCGGAGAUUCCAUCUACUACGGCCAGCAGAAGAGAGAGAACAUCGGAGACCUGAUCCAGGAGACUCUGGAGGUGUUUGAGCGCUAUGGAGGGGAGGAUGCCUUCAUCAACAUCAAAUACAUGGUGCCUACUUAUGAGUCCUGCAUGAUCAGAUGAGGAGGGAGGGUGUCACCCUGACACUGCACAGACUCUUGCCCCUUCCUCUGCUCUCUUCUGCUCAAACCCUCUCCUCCCGCCUCUCCACCCUCUCUGCUCUUUGGCACAUCCCUUUAAACUCCUAUUAAAUUUCUAACAAUGCAUACAUGUUCUCUCUGUAUCUGUGUAUUUACCACUAUAACUUGUUAAUACAAGCUUGACAGAACAAAUUUCCCUCAUUGAAAAACACCACUAUGUUUAAUGUAUUAUCCAUGUCGUGUUCAUUUUUUUAUUACUUCAGUGAUUUAUUUAGCUGGCUGAUAAGUAAUCAUUGAUGCACAGUGACUUUGAUGUCAAACAGCGAUAUCCAUCAGAUGAAAAAUGUGACAAACACUCUUUCAAAAUGUAUGAAAACACAGCAUUGAAAAUUCCAUUGAUUUAAAAGUGAUUUUUUUUUUCUGCCUCUCAAACGCUCACCACCGCUUGAUGCUCCACUGUUGUCUGUAAAAGGUUGGUUCUUUGCUUCAGCAGCUGUUACAUUCCCCUGCACGGUGACACGAUUUCAAGGUGGAAAAAGCGCCAACAAGUCCAAAAGAAACUUCUCAAACCACUCCUGCAACAUUUCUUUGCCUUUUUGCAGUCACCUUUUGUCACACCUGCGGGGUGUGAACGCACCUCAAAAGACACAUUUUUCCCACAGUUCCACUUAGAUCACAUGUGAUAUUUUAGAAUAUCAAUAUUAAGUAGUUUAUUUCCCUGUGCUGAAACAGUAAACACAUGAAA